UUCAACUAACCAAACCCAUACCAGAUCCUACUUAUUAUUUUUCUGUUAACGGUUGCUUUGAAGCCUCAAGAAAAUCGAACCACCAUACUUUAAUCUUUUUUAUUUAGCAUCGCCUCUUCUCUCCCUCCAUCUCCUCUUCUAAAAAUCAUUGAACCCAUCACCCCAAAUCAAAUCACUUGUAGUUGUUUCUAAUCUUUCGCCAUGAAAAGGCAGAAGAUGACUGUUGAAUUCGAUGACAACUGCAACAAGAGCAACAACCUCUUUGAUCUCCUCUCUGAAGAGAUUGUUUUCGCUAUUCUGGACUUCCUCGACACCAACCCACUUGAUAGAAAGUCGUUUUCUUUAGUUUGCAAGUCGUUUUACAGUCUAGAAUACAAUCAUCGCAAAACUCUUAAGCCUCUCCGCCAAGAACACCUCCCAAGAAUCCUCAGCAGAUACCCACAUGUCUCCCACCUCGAUCUCUCCCUCUGUCCUCGAAUUAACGAUAAUUCUCUUACGGUCAUCUCGAAUACCUGCAAGGAUUCGCUGAGGUCUAUUGAUCUUUCGCGCUCUAGGUUCUUUUCCUAUAAUGGGUUGAUGAGUUUGGCUUUGAAUUGCAAGAAUUUGGUCGAAAUCGACUUGUCGAACGCGACGGAGCUGAGAGAUGCGGCGGCUGCAGCGGUAGCGGAGGCCAAGAAUCUGGAGAGGCUUCGGCUGGGGAGGUGCAAGUUGAUUACGGAUAUGGGUAUUGGGUGUAUUGCCGUUGGGUGCAAGAAGCUAAGAUUAAUUAGCUUGAAAUGGUGUUUGGGUGUUACUGAUCUGGGAGUUGAAUUGAUUGCUCUCAAGUGUAAGGAGAUUAGGAUUUUGGAUCUCUCUUAUUUGCCGAUCACAAAUAAGUGUUUACCUUCCAUUUUGAAACUCCAAAAUCUUGAAGAUCUGGUCAUGGAAGGAUGCUUUGGGAUUGAUGAUGAUAGCCUUGCAGUCCUCAAAGACGGUUGCAAGUCACUGAAGACACUUGAUAUGUCAAGUUGUCAGAACAUUAGUCAUGUCGGUUUGUCUUCUCUGAUCAGUGGUGCUGGAGGUUUGGAGGAGCUGACCUUAGCAUACGGCUCUCCAGUCACACCUGCGCUUGCUAAUAGUCUGAGAAGUCUUUCAGCAUUGCAAUCUGUCAAACUAGAUGGUUGCAUAGUUACCACUGAUGGAUUGAAGGCUGUUGCAAAUUGUGUUGUAUCAUUAAGGGAGCUGAGCCUAAGUAAGUGCUUAGGAGUGACAGAUGAAGGUCUCUCCUAUCUUGUAACAAAGCACAGAGAGUUGAGGAAGCUAGACAUCACAUGCUGUCGCAAGAUAACUGAUGUAUCUAUUGCAUACAUUACAAGUUCAUGUGCAAACCUCACUUCCCUAAGAAUGGAAUCGUGUUCGUUGGUUCCUAGAGAAGCAUUUGUACUGAUUGGACAACGAUGCCAGUUUCUUGAGGAGCUUGAUUUAACAGAUAAUGAGAUAGAUGAUGAAGGUCUGAAGUCGAUUUCUAGAUGUUCCAAACUCUCCAGCUUGAAAUUAGGAAUUUGCCUAAACAUAAGUGAUGAAGGACUUGCUUAUAUUGGCAUGAACUGCUCAAAACUUACUGAGCUCGACUUAUACAGAUCUGCUGAAAUAACAGAUUCAGGAAUUUUGGCAAUUGCUUCUGGUUGCCAUGAGUUGGAGGUUGUUAAUAUGUCCUACUGCAGAGAUAUUACCGAUAGUUCAUUGAUAUCACUGUCAAAAUGUGCGAAAUUAAACACCUUUGAAAGUCGAGGAUGUCCUUUGAUCACAUCUUUGGGUAUAGCAGCCAUUGCUGUCGGGUGUAAGCAACUAAGUAAGUUAGACAUAAAGAAGUGUCACAAUAUUGAUAAUACUGCAAUGCUUCCACUUGCUCACUUUUCACAAAACCUCAGACAGAUCAUUUUAUCAUAUAGCUCAGUCACAGAUGUGGGGCUCUUGUCCCUCGCUAGCAUCAGCUGCCUGCAAAACCUGACUGUCUUGCACUUGAAGGGCUUGACACGAAGCGGAUUGGUAGCUGCCUUAUUGGCAUGCAGAGGACUAACAAAAGUGAAGCUGCAUGUAGCUUUUAAAUCACUGCUUCCUCAAGCACUUUUCGAGCAUUUAGAAGCACGCGGAUGUGUGUUCGAAUGGAGAGACAAAGAAUUCCAGGCUGAAUUGGAUCCCAAGUGCUGGAAACUGCAGUUGGAAGAUAUGAUUCCGUGAAGAAUAUGGAGGGUGUAAUUGAACAGAAACAAUCAAUGGCAGGACACGAGAAGGCCAAGUCCAUGAAUGUGGAAAUUGGUGGCGGAAUUCAUGUGAUGUGGUUGUUGAAGAUUUAUUUUAUAUAUUAAAACUUUCUGAAGUGCAGUGUAUCAGAAAGUGAAAUUCUUGUUGCCCUUUCACGCUAGAUUUACUAGUGUAGCAUGCAACACGAAACCCUAAUUGGGUUGGAAAAUUAUCCUUCAUUCUUUGAAUUGGAAGUGUAAUUUACACGUUUCUUUUUGUAGGCCAAAAUUCACACGUCAUUUAAUUAAAUUUUUUAUUUAUUCA